AUGGCGGCCGUCUCUCCUCCUGCUUCUCAGAAGAAGCCGAUCGUCAUUCGCCUCAAUAGCAACUGCUGUGGCGAUCAUCACUCGCGAGACUCCUCGCCUUCCUCGUGCGACACCCCCGACGGCUCCAGUUCCAGGCGCCCGUCCUUUGGCUCCAUCAAAGAAGACGUCGACGGCAUUGCGCAGUCAUUCGUGGACACCCACCACGCACCCUCCCCAAAGGAGCCGCGCAAACUGGAACUCCCCGAAAUGCAGCAGACUCCGGACUUUUGCUGUCCCUGUGGAGGCUUUCUAGGCUGGAAGCAGAUUCGUCUCGGUGGAAGAGGCCUGAGUCGCAGCUAUAGCGAUCUACGUGGGUUGGGAGGUAUGCAGGCCAAGGGUUGGGCUUGGGAAACUACCGAUUCCGGAAAAGAACUGAAGCCGCCCCAGGCUCCCGUGGUCGUGGAACAAGAACUGCAACCGUCGCCUGCUCCUGGUACGUCGGCUCUUGAGAAGCUGCCACCGGAGGUUCUUGAUCAAAUCAUUUCUCACCUGGCCCUGGAUGUGCCGCCCAAUGGCUACACUCCGCGCAAUGUUGACCUGGUCUCGUGCGUCCUGGCCUCGCGCACGUUGCAUGCGGCGACCUUGAGCGUGUUGUACAGGAACAUGACCUUCCCGCACUCCAUUAUCUUCUCGAAAGCGCUCAAUCAUAUGUUGCAGUAUCCCGCGCUCGGCACCCUGGUGCGCCGUCUGGACUUCUCGCAUUUUACCUCUGUCGGUCUGGGUCGCACCAAGCAGAUGAACGCCGAGAUUCAGAACUUGACCUCGCGCACUCUGAUGCAAUGCCUCGAUCUUCUGCCCAACCUGAAGGAAUGUCUUCUGCAGGAGCACCUCGAGGAGGAUAUCAAUGUGGAUGUUAUUCGGAAGCUGUUCAUGGAUCUGCCGAACCUGCGUGCUCUGGACUUCUGCGGCUGCUCCACCCAAAAGUUCUCCCAGAAGUUCACCGAGGCUCUGACUGGCGGCCCGCCUUUGCCCAUGAGCAUGCCCAAUCUCCAGCGACUCUCGCUCCACGAAUGCAGCACCAUUCCGGCAUCCCUAUUUGACCUUCUCUUGCCGCGUUUGACCAACCUAACACACCUCGACUUGACCCACACCCAGGUCAAUGACUCUGCUCUCCUUGCCAUCCCCGAAACGGCUCGCAUCACCCAUCUGAGCGUGUCACGAUGCACCCGCCUUCGUCCCUCUGUGCUAGUGGAGUUCCUGACCACUCACCCCGCCGUCCGCGAUUCCCUAGUUUUCCUCAACCUCUUGACGGACCCGACCCGCUUCCGCCUCCUGGAAGAGGAUGACGUGACAGCUCUACUGCCCAAGCUUCCUGGGACUAUGCGCUCCCUGAAUCUCGGAGGUGCAAGGGUUACUUCAGACCAUGUCCCAUUACUGGUUCCUCUCACCAAACAUUUGGAGGAACUUGGCUUGGCCUCUGCUGAUCUCUCCGUGAAUGACGUGAACUCAUUCUUUGCUCGCUCGCGCCGGACUGAAUCUGGUGCUGAGGAGAGCCUGCCUCCCAGUACUCUCUGCUACCUUGAUCUUGCCAAGGUCCCCCAGAUGACCAUCGGCUCGAUCUUCAACACCACCUCGUGCCUCCUGCUGUCAGACCAGAGCUACCCAUUGCAGGUGAUCGAAUUCCAUGAGAAGAUCAUCAAUCCGCUCCUCGAGCGUAGCAAGACUCAGCGAGCCUCGGUGGGCUGGACUGUGCGGGAGCUUGGCCGCCGUGGCUGGUAUGUCCGUGACCCGUCAUCCAUGUCCAACGCGCCACUCGACGACGGCUCUCGCUCCUGGAAGAUGGGUGCCAGAUGGUGGGGUAUGCGCAAGAUCCCGAUGGCCGUGGGCGACGUCGGUGGCCUCUACGGACACUACAUGUUCAAAAAAUGA